CUAGCUACUAGUUUUGGGCGAAAGAAGGAAGGAGUCUAGGCAAAUGGUGAAGAAGCGUUUUACUGCACCUCUCAGCGCCUCAUUUAGAUCCCUCCUUGCACCGUUCUAAUUGAAAUCUGCGGUGGAGCCGACAUAUACAGCCAACGAUGCUUCAUAUCAUAAUCAGACAUCGUGCAUCACCGCAAGUGCAAAAAGAUAUAUCCCUUCAGUCUCUCAACCCAACCAAUGACUCUACAGACUACGAAUUUCAACUCGCGAGGUCUCCCGGAGAGCAAGGGCCAGAUACACCAGAAAGCAUCGAGCCUACAACCUCUCCUCUCGCGCUCAAACCUGCAAUCUCUCUGAUCCCAACAGAAACUGUAACAGACAGUGAGCAACCAGCCGCUUCGGCCAAUGCCAGAAUGUCUGCAGGUUGUGCUAGGUCUCGGAAGGGAGACAAAGAUAGAAAGAGAAAAAACAACAACGAAGACGGUAACAAAUCAAAACGCAGAAGGAGCAACCAACCAAAAGCCAACCCCAGCGGUGCUAAUGAAAAAACCGCCUUUCAGAUUGAAGAAACCGAUAUGCCAACGUUAUGGGUUCAAUGCGAAAAAUGUGGCAAAUGGCGAAGGCUAAAUGAAGGGAAGGACCCAUUGCAGCUUCCUGAAAAGUGGUACUGUCACAUGAACACAGAUUUAGAACAAAACAAUUGCGAAAAACCUCAAAUUGAAUUCGAUCCGGACAACCUCACUGAAAACAUCGAGACAUCCUUUACACGAGGAUCUCUCGUUUGGGCAAAACUAGAACGAUUUCCUUGGUGGCCAGGAAUAAUCGACAAUGAUCCUGACAGCAAUGUGUUCUUCCAGACUAUCGACGAAUCAACGCCAGAACCGUUUGAGUACCACGUGACGUUUAUCGAGGAGAGAGCGUCAAGAGCGUGGGUACCGUUCUGGGAUCUGCGUCAAUUCAACGAUCAAGACGUCGCGACGUCGCAAGGAGCGGUUCCCAACCAAUAUCGGAGAAGUAUAGAAAGAUCAGUCAGAACGGCGUCCGAGCUCGCCAAGUUGUCACUCAAAAAUCGGAUAGAGCAGUACUCGUUUAACAACCGCUACAAUCCGAGAAGAGAUUUGAUUCUACAACUUCAAAUGUUAGAACAAACAGACGAUCGUGACAGUGACACCAGUCCAGAAUGGAAGUGCUCCGACGUUGCCACCGAGACCGAGGACGCGGACGACGAGCGAGAAGAGAACGCAGACGAGCACACAAAGCGAAACAAAGUAAAGCGCAAACCUCCUCCAAAAGGCAAGAACGCGACAAGCAAAGAUACGGAAUCGAAGAGCAAGAAGAAGAAGAAAAAAACGAAGCGUCCCGCACAAACAGCAGACGUUGACGACAAUGAGAAAGAUCAGUAGCUCAAGAGCAUGCACCGUCACAAUGCCAAACCUGUUGAGUAUAUCUGCGCAUGUUAGAGGUAUAGAGUGGCAGACCGAGAUGAGUUGCACGACCGUCUAUAGUGAACGAUUCUGUGUAUAGGUACAGAGUUACUGCAGAUAUGUGUUGUAAUCAUGCAGUCUUAUCUAU